AUGGUGAACCAGUCCACCACAGCGCGCAGCUACCUGAACUUGCAGUUGUCCUACCGCGGAUCAGAGCGGCAGCCUCCGUCGGCGCUGAGCGUGGCGCUAUUCUUUUCGGGCAUCAUGCAGGCCAAAAGCGAGGAUGGAACCCAUGACAAAUCCAUGUCAACAGAAUCCAGACUCAAAGCUGUGAUUGCCGAAUAUCAUGACCAACCAGGUGUUCUGGCGCGCUACCGCAUUGACCCAGACAAGGAACGUGCAAUUCUCAACCUUGUGGUUGGUACCAGUGCAGGUACCAGAACUUUGAUCCAAGCCCAUUUGAACCACCACCGCUGGCGAGAGAGCUGCUUCACAGCAGAUUUACUCAAAUCCUCAAGGUGGUUGAUUGGGGCAAGUCCUCGCAAUUGCAAAGAGUACAUGAAGUCAAUGUUGACAGUGACUCAAAGGAUUCAGGAGAAGUUCAUGCAAAACGUCAUUGCAUGGUUUUCUGGGCAAGUGCAAAAGAUCCGGGCAUCUACCAGGGCCAAAUUCCGCCCAUCUCAAACUGAGUGGGACCGCAUGGUUGACUACACAUGUGUCAUGGAACGAGUGAAGGUCGAAGCACAGGCAACCCUCACCCAUGACCCUGAGAAGUGCAAGUCCGUGUUGAAGAGCAUCAAAACUUGCUUCGCAAACAGGGACUACUAUGAAGAAGUGCAAACUUGCGUGGAGGUGGCCCUGGUGAACUGGAAUGUCAAACACCUUUCGAUUUGGUCCGAAUUGGUGCAACCAGCAGCCCUUGCUUUGGACGAGGCUCACACUGAUGUUGUGGAAAUGGAAGAAUGCACACUGGACGCACAGUUCCAGGAAGUCCGAAGCAAAAUCUCGCUUGUGGAAGACAAGAUGGGUCAGCUGGGUUUAGCUCUCCGAGACUUACGCAUCCCGAUUGAUUGUUCUGAACUUCAUGGCAAUUCUGAGCGUCCGCUGUUCUUUCAUGGAUGGCUCGCGAUCCCUGAUUCGACUCUGCCGGCCAAGGGUGUUGGCUACAGGAGAAACACCAAUGAGGAGUCCAGGGAUUUGUCAGCUGUGGCUGUGAACAUCUUCAGUCAGUCCGACCUAUGGAAGUUGCAAGGUCUUCCACUCGAAAAUGUUCCACGCGCUGUGUGUGAGGGGGAUUUCUGUGUUCCCUCCCCGAAAAGCUUCUUGAUCAGCGCAGAUUCUCGACGCAAUCUCACGGACACCCAAGAGACUGCUCAGUGGAUAGCAGGGGAGGAUGUCUUUAGCAAAUUGAUCAAGAGCGCAUUUGGCCGCCACUUGCAAAAGGGUGCCGUGGUGCAUUCCACUUGCUACUGCGGAUCCGUUGAGAAAGCUUGCAUGGCUUUGGGGGGUGCCUAUCACAUCUGUCUCUGA